AAUACACAGCGAUUCUCUUCUUCCUAUCUUUCCUCUCCCUUUCCUCCUCACCUAACCUCGCAAAGAAAAAUAAAAUAUAAACUCUCUUCCUCUUUUCUUUCUUUUCUUGAAAAAAAAAUCCUCAUCUUUUGAUUAGGUCUAAAAUGCCAUCACAAAAGGCAAGAAAACCAAACCGAGCCGGGAAGAAACUCAAAAGAACUCAUUUCAAGAAACCACUUCCACAACACAAGAACACGAACACAGCUAGUAUUCUUGAUCAUGCUUCUUCAUCAAGUAUGGUUUCUUCGUGUUCUUCAACAACGACGUCGUCUUCUCAUCAAGAUACAAACAACUAUGUUCCCUCUCCUUCUCCGGCGGUGCUGACGUCGUUAUCACCAAGCGAAGGUGGUGGUGGCGGCGGUUGUUAUACCCCUAAAGCUCAUAAGUAUCGGAUACCGGAGUUGUUAACUUGUCCACCGGCGCCGAAGAAGCAAAGAGUCCCACAGAACUGCGUGUUACGACGGAGGCAGAUCGUUUUCUUUGCUCCUCCGGAUAUCGAGCUCUUCUUCGUCAAAGCAGUGGAUCAAUGAACAAAUUUGAAUUAGUAUUUGUUGUCUUUUUGUUAUUGGUGAUAGUUAGGAUCAAUCGAUACAGAAAGUUGUAUGUGAGAUGAUUAAAUUUUUCAUCUCUUUUAUUUGUUAAUACAAUAACGAAGAGUAUAUUAUAAUAUUUCGAGUGAUGUUUUUCUUAUUA